GGGGAGACGAGCGGGCCCGGUGGAGCAGGGGGAGGAGGAGGAGGGGGGCCGCAGCGGCUGCCAUCGCAACGCCUCCAGCACUGUCGCGGCUCGGUGGUGGUGGUGGGGGGCCGGCCGCUUUGGCUCGCUGCGGGAAUGGCAGCCCGGGCGUGAGGUGCGAUUGCGCCGAGGGAGAGAGAAGGGCGCAGAGCCGGGGCGCGGAUCGGAAGCGGCUGUGUGGGAAGGAGCAGAGAUGCAGGAGGGCCGUGGGGUCGGGGGCGCUGCCGGGCUCUAGAGGACAUGGACCCGCGGCUGCACGGUUGCACCAUUCAGGAUUGAUUGGUCCGGAAGCCGUGGCGCCAGAGAGGCAUCUGCAGUAUUCUUAGUGACCACCUCGUUACUAUGUAGGAAGAAAAUAGCACACAAUACUGAUCGCCAAUGAAAAUGGAAGCAAUGUCGUUACCUGGCCUGGAGAACAGCAAAUCCGAGACUUGACCUCGCUUCUUCAUGUAGGAGGCCUUUCAUUUGAUGCAUUUUUAGCCCGUUGCAUUUCACCUCUGACCCAUGUUAUCAAAUAAAAAGGCUUGGAGUGAUCCUAAGACACCUAGGAAAUGGAAUAGAAGUAACCACAGAGUCUACUUAACUUGUUUAAGGAGCAGACUUCGCCUAAUCUUUUAAGCUUUGAUGUUCUGAGAAAUGGGCAGAGAUAUCUGUUUGGAUGUGGUCCACAACAUGCAAUGAGCACUAAUACAAAAUAUGCAUCCUGACCUUUUAUUCGUAACAUUCUGUAUAUGAAAACUCAAAAAGAGGAGCUUUAGGUUAGACCAAGAAAUUUGCAGUGCAUUGAUUUUAUUUUCCGCAAUUAAUUGAGGGUUACGCUAAACUCUCACCUGGCGAGCCAUCUUCGUUCGGUCUCAGGCACCUGGUAAUCUGCUGUGAAGUUCUCCUGCGGAUCUCUGCUGUUCUCUGUAACCGAGUGUACAGAUUCUUGAUCUCCAUGAAUUGAAUAUAAUCUUCAAUGCUGAUGGAUAAUUUCAAAGUGAGCUUGCCAUUGUGACAAUCCCAUGGCAGGAAGUCAAUGGGAUAGCGCCUUCUUUUUACAUUUUAGAGCUUUCUGGGGUCAGAGGAAAGAAAACUUUGAGCAAAUCUUGAAGAUUUCUUUUUGGUCACAAGCGAAGAUAGAUCGUCCAGAAUACCAGCUGCUCCUCAGAUAUGGAAAAUGAAUAAAGUGGCUCUGGAUUAAUUGAACAGAUGACGAGCAAAGUCGUUUCAUAAGAAAAUCGUUCAGUGCGAACUCUGCAGCCAUGCCCAAGCUGAAGCGGGUUUCUUCGGAGAAGAAGCAGAAAUACUGGCGGCAGCUGAAACGUGACCAGAGGCAGAUGAACAGAGAGCACAGUGACCAGGCCAUGGAGUAUGACGCUACCCCUGAAAGUUCCGCAGAGCAGGCCAUAGCUCAUGAGAUCUAUUCUGAUCUCGUAGACGAUGCGUGUCUGGGACUCUGUUUUGAGGUGCACCGAGCUGUGAAGUGUGGUUAUUUCUUUUUGGACGAGACGGACCCGGACAGCAUGAAGGAUUUUGAAAUUGUGGACCAGCCAGGUGUGGACAUUUUUGGUCAAGUCUACAACCAGUGGAAGAACAAGGAGUGUGAAUGUCCAAACUGUAGCCGUAGUAUCGCAGCCUCCCGCUUUGCUCCUCAUCUGGAAAAGUGUUUGGGAAUGGGUCGCAACAGCAGCCGGAUUGCAAACAGAAGAAUAGCCAGUAGCAACAAUCUCAGUAAAUCUGAAAGUGACCAAGAGGACAAUGAUGACAUCAAUGAUAAUGACUGGUCAUAUGGAUCUGAGAAAAAAGCAAAGAAGAGAAAGUCUGACAAGAAUCCUAAUUCGCCGCGGAGAUCCAAAUCUCUAAAACAUAAAAACGGAGAGCUCAGUGGAAACUCUGAUCCAUUUAAGUACAACAAUAAUUCUGGCAUCAACUAUGAAAACCUGGGUCCUGAAGAAUUGCGCUCAUUGCUGACAACGCAAUGUGGUGUCAUCUCGGAGCACACCAAGAAGAUGUGCACAAGAUCAUUGCGGUGCCCUCAGCACACAGAUGAGCAGCGACGAUCUGUACGGGUCUACCUCCUCGGAUCUUCAGUAUCCCUUCCGGAAUCUGAAGUAACUGUAGAAAACGAGAGUUACGAUGCCUCGGAGAGCCAGAGCUUCAUGAGCCGACUACAGUGGGAUGGCACAUCAGAUAUUUCACCUUCUGACUCAGCAUCUUCCAAAGCAAGUACCAACAAUUCUGAUUCCAAGAAGAGCAAAAAAAAGAAGCCUCACCUUGGACUUCCUAGUGCUCCUGGUAUGAGCUCCAGUAAGAAGAAGAAACUCAAAGCACCAGCUCCGCCUACUUCUAGUAUAUAUGAUGAAAUCAAUUGAAUGAAAUGGAGCUACCUUUCUUCUCCUGCUCUAUCUCAACAAGUUUCACCUUUGUGGUUACUGUGAUGAGAUGACUAUUGAACCACCCACUUCCUAAGAAGAGUGGAUUGGCUUCAAGAUUGUACUUGACCCUUGGAUGCUUGUGGUCCUGUAAACUGAAGGCUUCAUUCCAUGAUGGUUGACAUUGUCUUUUUUUAUUUAUUAUACAAAGAAUGAGGGAUUUUGCUGGUGUACAAAGCUGAUGAAAUAUUGCUGUUUGAUUGCAUUAAUUGUGUACUGGUCUCAAUGAUGAAAACUCAUGCCUGAUGCUGCCACUCAUUUCUGACUUACCUCCAGAUAGACCUUUCAACCCCUUGUUAUGCCAGACCUUGGCUAUGAGUUUACAGCUUUUCCCCUUUAUACUGUGCAACAUUUUGUGAUGCCUCAGAGAGCUGCUCAUAGCAUCUGUUGUGCCAACUGUGUGAGGGCAAGGGUUAGUCACUGUGUAACUUUAUAGUGUUACUGUGUAUUUAUCAAAGGUUAGCAUUUCUGGUUGCAGUGUUCUUCAUGAAAGCUGUGGCGAGCAGGACAGCCACCAGGGUAAGUGCAGCAACUGGACUUCGAAAGAGAGUAAGUUGUGGAAACGUUCUCAAGGCUGGAUUUGAUCAGAUGUUCCUGAUAAAUGAUGUCAGCAUCACAAGCAGGAUAUUUUUGCUAGCUUAUCCAAACUGUAAUUCAAAAAUAUUUCAAUUAGUCCAAUGCACCUUGUUAAAGCUCCACGCUUCCCACAAAGUUAAUUGAAACUGUUUAAAUACCACUCGGUAUUUAUGUCUAAUCUUGUAACAAUUUCCAAAAUGUCCAUUGUCUGUGGUUUAUAAGGGAUUGACUAUUCUCAAACAUGGCCCAGCCUUUCAUUAUUUGAAUAAUGAUGGCUGAGCAAAUGUUAUAAUAUGGAUCAAUGUAAUUAAUGAUCUGGACAAUGAUUGAUAUUUUAAUGAAACCAAGAUCUAGAAGGACUUUGAGCCUAUCCUAACCUCUCAUGAAUUUGAAAUGCAGUCUGGGUCCACUAGUGCCAUAUUGGCCUUUGUCUGUUGGAAUUGAGGCACAAGGCUGCCAUUGUCAGUCAGUUAAAGCAGCACAGCAGAUGGAUGGACAGCAGCAAACCUUGAGGUCCCUUUUGGCCAUCGCCAGACACUCCCAAGUGGGAAAGACAGCAACUCAUUACCGCCUACUUGUCAGACAUCAUGGUCCUAGUUAUUUUGAACUAAUCGCUGCAAGCAAUUGCUUCUCACAUUGGAAAAUAUCAGCAACUCCUUGUGAAACUGCUGUUGUUUCCAAUCAUUUUUAAUGUAACAUUGGUUGAUUGAAAUCCAGGUUAGAUUGAGGGGUAGUUGCAGGAGACCGUUAAUUGUCAUCACUUUUCAACAGCAUGUCAUUUUUUGCCUGUGGGACCAAAUUGGACGUUUCAUUUUGUUUACAUCUGAGAAGCUGGAAAUCUAUUUUCCCCCCCAAAGUAUAUAUAUUAGCAAAUUUAAGAUGGGUGGAUCUCAAUUGCUAUUUGACAUUGUAAUGGUUGGGAGAAAUGAUCUGCGUGUUGCUUCCUGCCAGGCAGCAUGAUGUUGCCCAACACUAAAAAAAAACAUUGCACUUUACGUCUGUUUGUGUGUGUAUGCUGGAUUCAAGGUUCUUCUGGACUUGAUACGGCCCUUAAUCAGGGCCCUGAAAAAAGAACCAACACAACCAUUGUGAAAUGCUUUGCAGAUGAAACUGAAUGACCUGUCGCAGAUUUCAAAGAAAGGAAAACAAAAAGAAAAUCAUGAAUGAAUUUGGUGAAUGCUUUGCAUUUGUAUUUUAUGUUGUGGCCAGCUGACCUGUGUAGCACAUUGAGCGUGUUCUUUUGAAUCAUUAUGUAACGGUGACUAAAACUUGUGCUUCCAGUUUCAUUGCAUCUUGACUAUAAAAACUAAAUAUAAAUCAAGGAAUGAAUGCAACAGAAUGAAUCCUUGCUAUGCAAUUAGGCUACAGUCUAUUUUUGAUAGACAAUAUAUUCUGUAUUGGAUCCUUGCAGAGCAUGGGAAAUGGCUUAUGUUUGGGCUUUACUAGCCACUAAUACAGUGGCUAUAACUUUUUUGCCUCUUUAAAAUUGUGCUGUGUGAAUAAUCAGAGAGAUGUUUGAUAAGGUUGUAGCAGGUAAGUACAUGGGAGCUGUAGCCUUUACUUUUCAUAUUAACAGCUUUAUUUAAAGAAAAGAUUUUAGAUAACUUUCAAUUAAACAGAUAAUGUUUGACACAUUUAUUUCGGAAUUUUUAUAUUUUACCUCGUGAUUCUUGUUGUAGUUUGCAGCUUCCUUGUACCUUGGGCUAGAAAAUCGGAGCAGACUGAAGUAGUCAGACGAGUGUUCUUCAGGUGCAAGGAAGAGUUGUUCUUUUGUCUUAAAAAAAAGUAUGAGUGCAUUGGGAUUUGAGAUCCCUUUUAAGUAUUGGAAGUGAUUAUUUCCCUUGUGUAUGCAAGUGUACUGUAGGAGAGGCUGGAGUACCAUCUGCUGGUCAGAGAGGUCACUAGCCACCCAUUGAAUUACCAGUCACGAUUACAGUUGUAAGCCUUGUGUGUGCUAGAUUCUGUCAAAGUACCUACUCCAGUUUACCAUUUGUUGGUUCAAUAGUGUAGCUUUGGGAGGUCCUGAGGUUGUGAAAGGUGCUAUAAAAAUGCAGAUCUUCCUUUCUGCACCAGGAGAUUACUGUGCCUUCCUAGUGCAAUACUUUGAUGCUGAUCAGAUGUUUAGAAGUUUUACAGUCCCAAUUUUGCUAUCAUUGAGCUUUAAUUUUCACAUAGGAUCUAAGAAGUCCUCAAUCUUGAAUGAAAGCAAUUGCAUAUUAAGAGGCUGGCAGACAUUAUGCAGUGUAACCUGAUCAUGAAGAAUGUGACCCAAACUAAUUUGCAUCUGCAGUCAAUUUGUCGCUGCAUUGAUCAUAUAUGUCAAUCAGUAAUGUAGGGAAUAUAAUUGGUUGCAAUAUGUAAAAUUGCUCAACAAUUUGGAUGAAAACCAGAAUCCCCUUAACUGCUGUAACAGUUUAAGGAUUGGUUUGUUUUAAAUAUUUUUACAAGCUUGUGUCUUUUUGUCUGUCAAAUUCUGAAUGGAACAGCUAGGCUGAUCCAGGUUAUGCUGGUUUUUAAAUAGAGUAUGUUUUGGGCACUUGUCUCUAUUUGAAAAAAGAAUUGUCACCUCAACAUAAGGAAUUCUCUUUUUUAGUUAAAUGUUAUAACUUGUUUGAUCCUUUAUUUUUCAUGUACCGAGUUCUAUUAUGCCUAGACAAAAUAAAGUCUAAACAUUCAUGCAUGUAUGUAGUGGACAAUAAAUGAAAGAUCAUUCCUUAAGUGUACAUAGUGACCAUCUCUACCCUGAGGUAGCAACCUUGCAUACUUCACUUGGAACAUUGACCUCUUUUGUGUGGAGAAGUACAAAUGCUUAGCACUAGCAAAUAUUAUGCCACCAGUACAGCACAACCCAUUUACCUUAUCAUGUUUCGCAUGUAUUGAUAAUUCUUCGUUGGUACUGAAGGUUUACUCCUGGAGCUGAAGAUGCUGGAAUGCUCAUUCUAUCUGCAGUAUUUGUGAUAUUGGCACUGGCUUUUCUAUACUUUAUAUACUGUUGAAUUUAUUAACACUGCCAGGCAUGUCUAUACCAUCUUGUAACACUGUUCCUCUUUCUUUUGUAGUACUAUUAUGUUGGUAGGUGUGCAAGUACUUGACACUGACAGAUGUUCAUAUUUUAUUUUAAUGAAUACUGUAUGAAAUUUGCAAGCUCUAUUGUUGUUAUAAUGUAGUAAUGCCAGAAUUCUUGCAGACCUAACAAGCAUGGAAGCAUGGGUGAUCUUACAAUUUUGCUAUUUAUAGUUGAGGUUAUAAAUAGCAAAGUAUACUUUGCUGUGUGGGAUAUAGUGCAUUUAAUACAGCCUUGAUUGAUUUUAGCAGAUGUCUAUGAUUUUCAUAGAAACUCAGGACUUCCUCUGCAUUUUAUGAAAUCUUAAUUCCUUUUUGUGAAGAUGAGUAUCCUUUCUGUAUCAGCAUUGUAUGGAAGUGAUCACUCACGUUGCUGUGUAGCACUGAAAGCCACAUGCCCCCCAAUAGUUUUUGUCAUUAGCUGAGAAACUGGAACUACAAGUUUUAGCAUUUAGAGGCAGGUUUCAGCAGGAUGUGUAUAAUCAAGAGUUUUCAGGGGAAAUCAACAUGGUGUAAGAUGUUUGGCUCACAGUUCUUCGUGACUUGUGUAGUGAUACUGAAAUAUGCAUGCAGUUAUCUGUUAAUCAGCCUAUGGUCCUGAGUUUUAAUUUUCAUACAUAUCCCCAAAAAUGCUGGUUCACUGUAUAUUUAUGUAAUCCAUAGUGACUACGUGCUGCUUCAGUGUAAAUAAAAGGUGUACAGUUGAA